AUGGAAGGUGACCUGGUGGCUUUCUACUUGGUCUUUACGUUCGGCUGGAUAGGCAGCCCGGGGGACUGCGUGGCCUUUGGAACUGCUCUGAAGCAGUGCCGCGACCGGCAUGGGCCCGUGGGCCCCGGAUGGCAUGGCGAGGUCCUGCACUGGUCGCGCUUCCUAAUGGACGACGACGUCGCGAUCGAGCCGGUGCUGGGCAGGCGCCCGUGGAUGGCUGGAAGGCUGGCCGAGGAGGGGGCGCGGCGGGCGUUCGGACCACUCGCGAUCAACGCGGAGACGAAGGCCGUGGAGGGAUACUUCACCGUGGACCAGCGCUGGGAGACCCACGCCAACGCGGAGGAGGAGUCCCUGGGGCCACCAGAGGAGAAGGUGAUCAAGCUCCGGGCAUUGCGUUGGCAGUCGGCCUAUGAUGCGGGCAACGCGCAGGUCGCCCUGAAGGGCGUUCAGGUCCUACGGGGGGGCCUCAACCUCGCGGCGAUAGCAUGUCCCCCCUCCUACCAGAAUUGGGGGCGGUGGAUCCUCCUGCGCGCCUCGGACCCCGCCCGCACGAUGGUGGAGAUAGACGCCCGGGCCCCCGAGGAGUGGGAGGGGUGGUGGGGGGCCCUGGAGACGUUCCGCUUCUGCGCAGAGGGGCCCCAGGCUUGGGCGGCGAACUUCAUGGCAGGCGACAUCAUCGCGAUUUGCGAUCUGUUCGCCUGCCUGGUCCUGGCAGUGGCUCGGGCCCAGCACUGGAAAGGGGAGCUGGUGCUCUGCGUGACGGACAGCUUCAAUGCGGAGAAGCGGUCGGAGGGGGCGAUCGGGGGAAAGCUGAUGGCGGUGCGGCGCGACCGCGUGGCUGCUGGUUACCCCGAUCCAUUGGAGCUGGCCCCGCGCCUCGGGGUAGCCUUGGGCGGUCUCGAGCGGAAGGGGGCCAAGCAGAACCGAAAGUUUCCAGUGGCCAUGGAGAUGCUACAGUGGCUCCGGGGGAGGCUAGCCACUGGCAGGGUGGGAGAAGCCGCGCGCUGGGCGGCCAUCUCGGUCGAGGGGGGCGUGGCGGACCAGUGCAACUUUGGGUGCCGCAGGAACCGCUACGCCACGGGCAGCGAGCAAUGCCGCGCUUGCGGAACUGGGGCGCCUAGCCCCGCAGAGGUGGACCUCGAUCUGGAGCGGCUCAGGAUGCUCGGGAGGUCGACGGCCAGCGCUUUCCACGUGCACCUCUGGCGGGCCCACGAGCCGCCGAAGGGCUUGGCGGAGGCGACGUCCGCGCGGAGCUGCCGGCUCAUCCUCGGGCCUGCCGGCGAGAAGAAGGAGGCCGAGAGAAGCGAGGGCACCCGCAGGGCGCAGUUCCAAGGCACCCCCUGCGAAGUUGCUCCCCGGAGCUCGCCGGGGCGGACGGACGACCGAGCAGUUUUCACCAAAGCGGAGGGCGAGCUUUUCUUGCGCACGACAGAGCUCCUGGAGUGCACGGGCUCCCCCGUGCCGACGCAGGGCCCCUUCAGCCCCGCGCAGCUGCGCGAGCGCAUCGCGAAGCAGGCCCCCAUGUUCGGCGGGUGCGGGCAGCAGGACGCCCACGAGUUUUUCUUAGAGUGGGUGAAUCAGCUGCACGACGAGAUGCUGGCCGCCUCCGAGCAGUGGUCUCGGGAGGAUCCCGCGCAGUCUGACGAGCGGGCAGGCUUCGCGCUGGCCACCCAGCAGCAUUUCGAUUCGGAGCUGCGGAAGCGGCUUGUGUGCGAGACUUGCGGAGACCACCGCGACGUCCACGAGAGGUUCCGGGACUUCUCCCUGGACUUCGACAAGAGCCAGUCGGAUUCCCCGCUCCAGCUCAUGCUGAAGUCGUACUUCGAGCAGGAGAGCCUGGAGGCAAAGUGCGAGCGCUGCGGCUGCGGCCGCGCGCGGAUGGAGAAGAGCCUCACGAGCGCGCCGCGGGUGUUGGUGCUGCACCUGAAGAGGUUCGUGCCCAACCCUUCGCUGCAGCGGUACGAGAAGCAGCACGGCAGCGUGCGCAUCCCUUCGGUGCUCGACCUCUCCCAGUGCGUAGGCUGCCUGGGCGGGGGCGCCUCGGCGGCCGCCUCGCCGGCCGCCUCGCCGCAGCGCCCCCCCGCGCGGCCCCUGGCGGCCGAAGCUCGGAGCACGCCCGUGGCGCCCCUGGCACCCACGGCGGCGGGCAGCGUGCCCGGGGCCGAGACGCCGCCGCCGCGCGGCGGCGCAGGCGCAGGCGCAGGAGCCGGCCCGCGCGGAAGAGCAGCCCCUCGCCAGCUGUGGCCUUCUGGUGCGGGCCCACGGGCGCCCCCGAUGCCGCUGCCCUUCCCUCGCUCUGGCCUUUCCUGGACCUCCCUGGAGGCCCUCGUCGCCAGGGCUGGAUUCUCUUCGAGAUUCUGGUCAGGACGAACCUCGGGAGAGGUCAAUGGGGUGGCAGUAUGGGUACCGUUUGGUUCCCCCAGCCGCAUUUGCCUGCGUCGUGCGGGCCUGGGAAGAGAGCAAAUCGCUCCAGAGCGUUUCGGAACGCUCCCAGAGUGUUUCCGGGACGCUCCAGAACGGCUGCGGCGCCCGAUACGUCCUGGAGACCCGCUGGCUCUAGGAGAUCCCCACUCUAUCCUCAUUCGAACUUGGCCUCGCCAUGUCUUCGUCUGA